GGCGCUGCGCUGCACGCAGCUGCGUGCGCCCUCCCGCCCCGGGAGUCCGCGGUCGGAGUCAGGCCAGGGGCCCAACCUUCCCGCCCAGCUUGGGUCAGAGAGAGCCGAAAGAAGCCUCAGCGAGGUGAAGAGCCUGAGGCAGUGGAGGACCGGUCAGAAGUUUUCAACUUUGGGCCGUGCAGGGCGAGGCUGCUGAGGACUUGACUCACCUUCACCCCUACCCCUCUCCACUCCCCAACCAGUGAGCUCCGGGCCUCCUGCUUUCAGGCCCCGAUUUUGUGGCAGGGUGUGGUGACCCGAUUUCUAUCUGCAAGCACAGCCAGCAACCCAAGAACCAGGUCCCAAGGCUGGAUCACUUUUGCCUUGGCUGCUAGCCCGGGCCUCAGAGUCUUGGGCACAGACGCCUGAGCAGAGGCUCGAGAGGAGAGUCGCGCGCCAUGGCCGACCGGCAGGCGGACCUGGUGGCCGGGGACUGGGAGAUCGACGUGGAGAGCCUAGAGCUGGAGGAGGACGGCCGCGGGGCGCCGCUGCCAACGCUGCCCGGGCACAGCCCGCGGGCGGCGGAUGGGGACGGCGAGGACGACGACGACGAGGUUGAGGACGACGAGGACGCGGAGGACGAGGGGGACGGCGAGGAGGCGGGCGCGUCCCCGGGGGUGCCAGGCCGGCCGGAGCAGCAGAGGGGACUGCCGCCGAGGCCGCCUCCCUCCCUGCAGGCCUCGCAGGCCUCGGCUGGGCCACCGGAGCGCGGCGCCAACGCGGGCGGCGGCGCCGAGCCGCGCAAGCUCAGCCGCACGCCCAAGUGCGCGCGCUGCCGCAACCACGGCGUGGUGUCCUGUCUCAAGGGCCACAAGCGCUUCUGCCGAUGGCGCGACUGCCAGUGCGCCAACUGCCUGCUGGUGGUGGAGCGGCAGCGCGUCAUGGCUGCCCAGGUGGCGCUCCGGAGACAGCAGGCCACGGAGGACAAGAAAGGGCUCUCUGGGAAACAGAAUAAUUUCGAGCGCAAAGCCGUGUAUCAGAGGCAAAUCAGGACACCCAGUCUGCUGGCCAAAAGUAUUUUAGAAGGCUACCGCCCUAUUCCAGCUGAGACUCAUGUGGGAGGGAGCUUACCUCUACCUCCCCCGGUAAGUGACCGGAUGAGGAAAAGGCGGGCCUUUGCUGAUAAAGAAUUGGAGAACAUUAUGCUGGAGAGAGAAUAUAAAGAGAGGGAGAUGUUGGAAGCUUCCCAAGCUGCUGCCUUGUUCCUGCCCAACCGCAUGGUGCAUGGACCUGAGUACAGCUCCUACAAAAAUGCCUACAGUCCCACCGCAGUGGAACCAUCCAAUAAAGACUUCUGUAACUUUUUGCCCACGUGCCUUGAUCUAACCAUGCAAUAUUCAGGGUCUGGGAAUAUGGAACUAAUCUCUUCCAAUGUCAGUGUGGCUGCGACUUAUAGACAAUAUCCCUUAUCCUCAAGAUUUUUAGUUUGGCCCAAGUGUGGCCCCAUUAGUGACACUCUUCUUUACCAGCAAUACCUGCUAAAUGCCACCACCUCAGUUCAAGCUCUGAAACCUGGGGCCAGCUGGGAUUCGAAGGGAGUUCGAAUUCAGGAUGGACUUGGUAUGGAACAUGACAUGGUGCCACCAAAAUUGGAAGGCUGUCUGGUGUUGCCUCACAGUCAUGAGGUCCAGACCUUGGGAAGUGACCUUCAGGGUCACCAGGCCAUCCCAGAGAGGUCCCUGUUCUCCCCACCCCAAGGGAAUUUCUCUCCAGUUGUUGACAUGGACUCUUCAGCAGCUCAAGGGCACAUCUUAACCAAGAUCAGCAAAGAAAGCACGAGGCACCCUCUGCCACUUAAACAUAAUCCAUUCCACUCAUUAUUCCAGCAAACUCUUCUUGACAAAUCAGGUCCUGAGUUGAAAACGUCAUUUGUCAAGGAUGCCUUUGAAGAGGCCCCUAAGAAACACAGAGACUGUUUAGUCAAGGAGAACCAGAAGUACACAUUUACAAUAGAUAGAUGUGCAAAAGACCUUUUUGUAGCCAAACAAGUUGGAACAAAACUGUCUGUGAAUGAACCGCUGUCAUUUUCUGUUGAGUCUAUUCUUAAGAGGCCUUCGUCUGCCAUCACUCACGUCUCUCAGUGAAAGACUGCUUAAAUGGAAGGCUGGAUUUUCUUCAGUCUCAGAGAGUUCUUACCUGUUGCUAAUUUUUUGUUUUUAAAAGAAAGAUGUAUAAAGAAAUUUCUAAUGUAAAUGAUGAUGAUUUUAAAAAUUAUAUAUAUUCAUAUGCAUGUACUUUUUUUGCCACAUAAAUAUAUUUAAACUUAAAUAUGGAAAUUGCUUAUGUGCAUAUUGUAAAGUUCCAUGUUUUACACAGUAUUUCUAAAAGCAAUAAAACUGACACUGUC